AUGGCCUCUGAAGUGGAUAUCGUCGUCGUAGGUGGUGGUGUUGCUGGUUUGGCGGCUGCAGUGACUUUGGCCAAAAAGAAACUGAAAGUCAUGCUUCUCGAGAGUCGCUCUAUUCUUGGGGGUCGGGCGCGAAGCUGGACAGAUGGAGUCACACGCGAUCCUGUCCACAUUGGCCCGCACGUGGUGGUCUCGGAGUACCCAAACUUCUUUAAGCUUUUGGAAGAGCUAGGCACAAGGGAAAAGAUCGUCUGGCAGCCGUGGCGUCACUUUGUGACCAUGGUGAAAGGAAGGCAGGAGCAUCACAUCCGGACGAUGCCGUUGCCUGCUCCAGCGUCGUGGGGCCAUGCCUCCAUGACGGAUCCUUUUGUGAGCUGGGCCGACAAGCAUUCCACAGUGCCAGCGGCAGUGUAUUGCUUGAGCCUCUCAGAGAAGGAGUUGCUCGAAUUAGACGACGAGUCUGGGGCCGAUUUUUUGCGCAGCUUGGGGGUCACAGAGCCUUACAUCACGCAUUUCUGGGGAUUCUUGUCUCAUGCCAUUUUGAACGUGCCUGUGGAGGAAGUCUCUGCUGCCGCUCUGGUGCGUUUCUUUCGACGCUUGGUGGGAAGGUCCUCCAUGGAGAUGGGCUUUGCAGGCUGUGGCUUGGGCGAGCUGCUUCUUCCAGCAAAGCCAUUGCUGGAAUCCAUGGGUGCUCAGGUCCGCACCAGCUGCCAAGUGCGAGGCUUCUUAGGAGAUGAAAAUAACUGCACUGGAGUUGUGUUGGAUUCAGGCGAAGAGAUUCUAGCCAAACUCGGUGUGAUUAGCACCUUACCUCCACAAACCCUGCAGCCGAUGCUGCCAGAAGCAUGGCUCUCAGCCUGGCCAUCUCUAAAGGAUAUGGAGGCACUGAAGCCCUGCAAAUACAUCUCAGUGUAUAUUUGGUUUGACCGCAAGGUUUCAGGAGGUAGACAAAUGUGGGCCAGAACCUACAACAAGGACGACCUGAACUGUGAGUUCUACGACUUCUCUGAAAUAUACUCAGGCACUGACGCAGCUGGUAAGCUCUGGAAGGAGCGUCCGUCCUUCAUUGGCUCGAACAUCAUUGACUCCGGAAGGUUGCAGGAGAUGACCGAUGACGAAGUGGUUCAGCAAACCCUGCGUGAAAUCCAGGAGACUUUCCCCGUUGCCUCAGACGCCAAGGUCCUCCAUAGUGUCGUGAACCGAAUCCCCAUGGCUAUCCAUCGGCCAGUGGUAGGCACUGAGAAGCUCCGACCAAGUCAACAAACACCCAUCGCGGACUUCUACAUCUCUGGCUGCUGGACACGUACGGACUUCCCCUGCUCCAUGGAAUCCGCGGCACGAAGUGGCUUUCUCGCCGCAGACAAGUUACUGCGAAUAGGUCGCGGGGAAUUGAGUGAGUCUGCGAUUCCAUACCCUGACAUUGCACUUUCUGCACGGCUGGUUGGAGCUUUGGAAGUUGUGCGGCCAUGGCUUUUGACACCACUCUUCAAUUGGCUAGUCCGUUGGAGCAGUGGACAGCCACAAAGCAAGCUUUGA